GAGACCAAGCUGUGCGCGCAGCCCGAUACACACUGACAUUAACAUCACGACACGAUUUAGGAGGUGUGUGUGUGUGUCCGUGUGUCCGUGUGUGUGUGGGGGCGCGCGCGUCUGUGUGUGUUUAAGAGAGAAACAUUUAUCAAGGUGAUCCGUCUGCCAGCCACCAAGUCAUUGAUCGUAGAGUAAACCGGUUCAAGGGAAGGAGAACAGAGAAGUGGCGGCUCUGGUGAGCUGUCACUCUCUGUGUGCGCGCGUGCGUGCGUGUGUGUGUGCGCGCGCGUGUGUGCGUGCGCGCGGAGGGGGAUUAUCAGUCCUCGCGGUAUGCAGAGCGCAGUGUCGGUGAUGCGCUCAGUCUGGAGAUGCGCAGCGCGGAGCUGUGAGCGUCAACGCGGACACACAGCGGCAUAUUGACGGCAGCAGGAGGGGGUCCGCUGGGUUCGGGGGCUCCAACUCUGCGCGUCACAGGAUUUCGACUCAUUGAGUGUUUUAUUUAUUUUGGGACGAAUGCUCCUUUAUUGGUGCCGACUGAAAGUCAACGAUGCGCCCCGGUGAACAAAGGAUUUAGGUGAAAACGAUCAAGAAUCCCGAACCCCGUGUUAAUCCCGAGACCCCGGUUGUGUGUCGUCCAUGCCCGUUCCGCCUCCGAGGACAACGACCACGGGCUGAAGAACCGGGUUCCCCUGUUUCCAACGCUGGAGCAAGGGGGAUCGUCUGGGCUCACCGCGCACGCGUCCAUGUGGAUGGAGAGAGAAUCCACUGCGAGCGGGGCUCAUUCCGAAAUGUGACAUUUCCACUCCCCCAGUCUCAAAGCUGACAACUGUGCAUCUGCCUUCACUCUCGACCGGAUCUAUUUACGUCGAUUAAGAGAUGGCGUCCCUCCCGGUCCUGCUCCUGCUGCUGCUGACGGUUGCUCGUGGUGCCACCGGUCAAGACUCGGAGAACUCUGAGGCUCUCCCAAGAGGCUGCGGGUGGGGCCUUGUGCGUCCCUACACACUCCUCUGCGACCUGGACUCCAUCUGGGGUGUGGCUGUGGAGUCAGUGGCUGCCGGCGGGGUGCUGACUGCCCUCUUGCUGGCCCUAAUCCUGCUGUGCCGCUUACACCACAUCAGCGAGGCUGAGAAGCGCAGCGGCGUGGGACCCAUCCUCUUGCUGCUCCUCGGCGUCCUCGGCUUGUUCGGCCUGAGCUUUGCUUACCUGAUCGAGCAGGAUGAGUCUCUAUGUUUGCUCCGCAGGGCCCUGUGGGGUCUCCUGUUUGCCGUCUGCUUCUCCUGCUUGUUGGUGCAGGGUGUCCGCCUGCGAAGGAUUGGCCUUGAGCGGCGGAGCCCUGGUGGCUGCGCCCUAACGGGCCUCGCACUGGGUUUGAGUGCCGUACAGGGCAUCAUCGCUGCCGAGUGGCUUCUUCUCACGGUGCUGAGGGAGGGACGAGGCGCCUGUCAGUACCUGCCACUUGACUUUUCACUAGCCUGCAGUUACGUGCUAGUCCUCCUACUAGCCGCGCUGGCGGCCGCCUCCCUGGCCCUGUGUGGGAAGACACAUCAGUGGCGCUGCAAUGCAAUCUGGCUGCUGGUGACCUGCCUGCUGUCGCUGCUCCUGUGGGUGGCCUGGGUGGGCUUCUAUCUGUACGGCAACGCCUGGCUCGGGAGGUCCCCAGAAUGGAACGACCCGGCGCUGGCCAUUGCUUUAGUAGCUCAGGGUUGGCUGCUGCUGAUCUUCCACGCCAUCCCUGAAUCCCACAUCUGCCUGAGACCCCCUCCACAGCCAACUGCCCCAGAUUACUUUGACACCUCACAGAACUCGACACGGAUGAGGGAGACCAGCUUUGAUGAAGACAUCCCUCUCUCUCACAGGCAGUUUGUGGAGAACCAGGGCUACGGAUACAACGAUGAGAACACUGCAGGCUUGAGGAGCGCCGCCGGUGCCGGGCAACAUAACAGCAACACCGCCCCCAGGCCCAGCGCUCCUUUUCGCAGCAACGUCUACCAACCCACCGAGAUGACCAUGAUCCUGAAUGGGGGAGCGGUGCCCUCUGCUCCUCCAACCUACACAGGGAGGCAGCUGUGGUGAGCGAGAGGAUUGUAAAGAAGACGUGUGGUAGAAAAUGAAGAAGAGGAAGGAGAGAGUGAGGAACGAGGGGUCCGGAACGAGAGGCCCGCCUGGUUGAAUUGGACUUAAAACAUGGAUGCCAACUGUGCUGUUUCACUCUGUGUGCAGACUAAAACACUGACUGUGUGCCAAUCAACUAUUGUAUGAGUGUGGGAGAGUCUGAGAGAGAGAGAGUAGGGCAUGGAGGACAGAGCUAAAGCUCUUCUAGCACACACAUCUCCACAGAAGGGUUCAAAAACACAAAAUGUGAGCAGCAAGUAGCGAAACAAAACACAUGCCGACUCUAAAAAACAUCAACACGCAGUAUACUUUUUUCAUUUAGUUUGAUUUGCUCCCCUGAGACUAUACAGCACUGUAAGCAUCCUUGAAAAACUGUGAAAUCUUUCGCCUUUUCCUGCUCCUCGCUGUAGGAAGUCUUGUCUGCUGACUCUCUCGUGGAAACAUUUGGCUCUGUCCUCCAUCCAUCCACAGUGUCGGUAAAGACAGAGCACAUGGGCUCAAGAACCGCCCGCAUAUAAUCAAGCCUCCGUGGGUGUGUAUGUACAGAAUAUGAGAGGGAGAGUGUGUGUAUUCCCAACAUCUCAUCCCCUGUGACCCCCCCCUGUGAACACCUCUUCUUCCUCCUUCCCCAUCUCUGUUCACCGUCUGUGAAUAUGAAACGUCACCCCAUCCUCACACCUGCAUGGACACUUUGCAAAACAUUGAAACAAACUCAAUCCCCAAGUGCGGGUCAGAAAAGUUCACAAUGACCGGGCACGGGGCCGUACAAGCGGCCCGAAGCACCUGAACAGAAGGACUGCAAGCUGCUAAUGAACUGCUGUUGGAUACGAUGGAUUCUGAUUGGACGGGGAGGGCAUCAGUCGUCGGUGGGAAGGCACCUCUUCAUGAAUCUAGGUCAACUGCUCUCCCACAUCUCCGGUGGCUACUGGCGUUUUGAACCAGCCAGUAGAAACUGUCACUUUAUAUCAGCAGGAAGCGGAGCGAGGAAACGACACGUUCUCCUGCGCUUAGCUCUUCUCUCUGUGUGCGGUCGUGUGAUUUCAUGAGUGACGGGGAAAAAUACAAAAGUCAAGGUUGCUUUAUGGUGCUAAACAUCCCUCCACACAACUUCCUAGUGUGGCACAGAACUACAAGAACAACGCUGACGCAGUCAAAACUGUGAGUGACAGGCUAUAGAUAGAGAGCUGUGGCUGGUGUGUGGAGAUAUCCUAGAGCCUUAGAAAGAUCAGAUUCACAGUGCAAGGUAGAAAGGGGGAGAUCAAAUGCUCGAGGAGGAAGGAGGGGAUGGGAGCGAGGAGGAAGGAGGGGAUGGGAGCGAGGAGGAAGGAGGGGAUGGGAGCGAGGAGGAAGGAGGGGAUAGGAGCGAGGAGGAAGGAGGGGAUGGGAGCGAGGAGGAAGGAGAUAGCGAGUGACGGGCCGAGGGGAGUCUGAGUGAUGUGCGGGCGGCCGUGCUGCUCUGAUCUACGUGGUUGUGUUCUUCAUCUGGUGAAGCGUGUGUGUGUGUGUGUGUGUCUCUUUCCUCCUCCUCCUCCUCCUCCUCCUCCUCCUCCUCUUCCUCCUCUUCCUUGUGGUCGGCUAUAACUCAAGUGUGGCACCGUGCCAAGAAGGACUCUCGUUUCACCGGAGUCUCCGUUUCUCGCCCUUUUCCUUCACAACAGCUCUCUCUCUCUCUCUUCACCCGAGAAGCUGUGUACAUAGUAGUGCUGUAAAGCUUUGCUUGCUUGUUUAUUUUUUAAUUUUUUUAAAAACUGUAGCCUGAGUUUAGACACCAGUGUCAUGUGACCCACAUGGAGAACUGACGACUGCAAACUGUUUUUGUCUGGGUAUCUUUUUUUUUUUUAAACGGGUUUGCUCUGUUGUUCGUGUGCUUAUUGUUACAAUAUACUUUGAUUUCUCUCUC